GCAAUAUUUCAGAUGGUUGAUCGCCGUCGUGAGUUGAAUUCACGUUUAACCCAAAUCGAAGAUACUCCAUCGGGCCAGUUAAUUGAAAGUGAUAAUAAUCUUGAAAGUACUUCGUCAACUUCAUCUCAGUUGCAGUUGCCAGCGAAUCCUGUGAAAGGAAAGGAAAGACGACCGAACUGUCAACGAUGUGCUCAGCACUCCGUUCAAGCACGUUUAAAGGGUCAUAAACGAUGCUGUCCUUUCCGCGAUUGCCCUUGUGCCAAGUGCCAGGUUGUUCAAGAACGACAAAAAUUGAUGGCUGAUCAGGUAGUUUCAGAAUCAUCAAAUUUGAGCCACUGCUAA